GUAAUAAUCUUGAUAAAAGCCUAACCUGCAGUGCGUGAUCUGCAUGGACAGUUGCGGUUUCUUGAGAAUAAUGGCUGAAUAUCAUUGUCCGGAUGCAAAAACUCUUCAGGAACUGAAAGAUAUAGCUAACAAACUUCGAAUCCAUAGUAUAAGGGCCACUAAUGCAGGGAAAUCUGGACAUCCAACAUCAUGCUGCUCCAUGGCUGAAAUUAUGUCAGUUCUCUUCUUCCACACAAUGAGGUAUAAAGUUUCGGAGCCCAGAAAUGCAUCAAGUGACCGAUUUGUCCUUUCUAAGGGCCAUGCUGCACCUAUACUGUAUGCUGCCUGGGCUGAAGCUGGACUUUUCCCCAUAGAUGAUCUACUAAAUCUGAGAAAAAUUGACUCCGAUCUUGAGGGCCAUCCCACUCCUAGACUGAAUUUUGUAGAUGUGGCCACUGGUUCUUUAGGUCAAGGUCUUAGCUGUGCUGCUGGUAUGGCGUACACUGGCAAGUACUUUGACAAGGCCAGUUAUCGAGUAUACUGUGUCAUCGGGGAUGGUGAAGCUGCAGAAGGAUCAAUAUGGGAAGCACUUUCUUUUGCUGGCAAAUACAAACUGGAUAACCUAGUAGCAAUCUUUGACAUUAAUCGUCUAGGCCAAAGUGAACCAACUGCCUUUCAACACGAGAUGGAGCUGUAUCAAGGCCGCCUAGAGUCAUUUGGUUUUAAUGCCUAUGUUAUAGAUGGGCACGAUGUUGAAGCCCUCUGCAAGGCUUUUCAUGAAGCUUCAGCCACUAAAGAUAAACCUACAGCUGUCUUGGCCAAAACGUUUAAAGGAAAGGGUAUUCGAGAAAUUGAGGACCAAGAAAACUGGCAUGGUAAGCCAUUAGGAGACAAGGCUGAUGAUGCCAUUAAUGCUAUUCUGAAGUUGGUAUCAAAUCAGGGUCCUCCACAGCUCUGUCCUCAAAAGCCUUUGAAGGAAGAUGCUCCUGUUGUAGAUAUUUCUAAUAUCUCCUUAUCUGAACCCCCAACUUACAACAUUGGAGACAAGGUGGCAACUAGGUUAGCUUAUGGCACAGCCUUGACAAAGCUUGGUCACAACUGUGACCGAGUGGUUGCAAUGGAUGGAGAUACCAAAAAUUCCACUUUCUCAGAUAAAUUUAGGAAGGCUUUUCCAGACCGUUAUGUUGAGUGUUACAUUGCUGAACAAAAUCUUGUUGGCAUGGCUAUUGGCUGCUCUACAAGGGGACGCACAGUUCCAUUUGUUAGCACUUUUGCUGCUUUCUUCACCCGAGCUUUUGACCAACUCCGUAUGGGAGCCAUAUCUCAAGUCAAUAUAAAGUGUGCAGGUUCUCAUGCAGGAAUAUCCAUUGGUGAAGAUGGCCCAUCCCAAAUGGCUCUGGAAGAUCUGGCUAUGUUUCGGUCUCUUCCAAACGCAACUGUCUUCUACCCCAGUGAAGCAGUAUCAGCAGAACGAGCAUGUGAACUGGCUGCACAAACCCAGGGAAUCUGUUUCAUUCGUACUUCUCGGCCAGCAACUGCCGUACUCUAUUCAAAUGAUGAAAAAUUUGAAAUUGGAAAAGCAAAGGUGGUAAAGAACAGUGAUAGUGACCAGGUGUUGGUGAUUGGUGCUGGUGUAACUCUUCACGAGGCACUUAAAGCAGCAGACCAACUGGCACAACAAGGUAUCAACAUUCGAGUAAUGGAUCUGUUCACCGUGAAGCCAAUUGACAAAACGGGAAUCCUCAAGAAUGCAGCCGAGUGCGGAGGAAGGAUUAUUACAGUGGAGGACCACUAUCCUGAAGGGGGCCUGGGAGAUGCUGUUAGUGAGGUGGUCUCCAUGGAGAGGAACAUCAUUCAGAAACGCCUUGCAGUGAGAGACAUCCCUCGCAGUGGUCCACCUGAUGUACUGUUGGAUAUGUUUGGAAUCAGUGCCAAGUGUAUUGAAAAAGCUGUAAAGGAAAUUUCUACUAUGUGAAUGCCUACCAGGAUAUUCAUCAAUCUUUGAAGCCAGCUUCUACUUGGAUUACAGUUGUUAGCAAAUAUUAACUACAGCAAAUGUGGUUUUAGUUUGACGAAAUGUUUUAUUUGAACAAAGCACUAGAAUUAUGUUUCCUGUUGUAUUUUCCAGAUUGUCAGUAAAUCUUUAGAAAAAGUUGUAGGUGGCCAAACAAUGGUGCAUUCCAUACAUAUGUGAAGAAAGCAGUUCAAAUGUUGCACAAAUAAACUUAAGUGAUGCUUUGA